AUGGCUGCCAUGCUUGGAGGCGGCGAGGAGCCCUUGGGGCAGCUGGGGCAGUUUCCGCUGGAACAAUGGUUCUUUGAGAUGCCGCCAUGUACACGAUAUUGGACCACUGCUACCGUCAUCACGUCCAUUCUGCUACAGUGCAAGGUCAUCACACCAUUCCAACUGUUCUACUCCUUCCCGGCGGUUUACUAUAAAUCACAAUACUGGCGCCUAUUCACCACCUUCAUCUACUUCGGACCGCCCUCUCUCGAUCUUGCCUUCCACAUCUUCUUCCUCCAGCGAUAUUCAAGACUGUUGGAACAAGGAUCUGGGCCAUCGCCUGCCGUCUUCUCAUGGCUACUGCUGUACGCCUGCACCUCGCUCCUCGUCCUCAGUACGCUCACAACCUCCAUCCCAUUUCUCGGGUCGGCAUUGUCCAGUACGUUGGUGUACAUUUGGUCGCGACGGAACCCCGAUAUUCGCCUCAGUUUCAUCGGAGUUCUUGUGUUUACUGCGCCAUAUCUGCCGUGGGUUCUGAUGGCGUUCCACAUGUUCAUGCACGGGAGCAUUCCAAAGGACGAGAUUCUGGGCGUGGUUGUCGGCCACGUUUACUACUUCUUCGCGGAUGUCUGGCCAGGACUGCAUGAAGGUCAACGGCCGAUGGAUCCUCCUGAGUUCUGGGUCCGGCUAUGGGAAGGCCGGCGAGGAGAGACAGGCGUGCGAAACAUCGAGGGAGACGUGGCUGCCGCUGCUGCACGACCAGGCGAGGUACGAUGA